GGUACGGUGAUCCUGAAAACUCUGUUGAUGAUGAUGAUUCGGUGGAAAGUUCAGAUAGUGUCGAUAGUCACGAAUUCGAUUCAUCUUACAACAGUGAUGAAAGUGAAGAAUUAUUCUUUCAAGUUUAUUCGGAUGAUUUUUUCUCCAAUAAUAGCGGCGAUAAAGUCACCUCAAAUAAUAAAAACUCGAAACGUGAUAUUACGGCUCAAAAUAAUGAUUCAGUAGGUGAAGGAAGUUCACUUCAAAAUAACGGAGAUAGAAAAGAUAACAAUUUUCCCAAUGAAGAAAGUAUAUUUCAGAAUAUUAAUAGAAGAGUUGUUGAUUCUGACGUUAUUAGAAGAACUACUUUCAAUAAUUCAAAUGACAUAAAUGCGUUGCAAGGUGUUAUUAAAAAAAACGUAUAUUCUGAAAACGAAAAUAUAUUGAAGAAUACUUCUAUUAAAAAAAAUGGAUAUAAUUAUUCUAAUAGAGAAUGCACCCUACAGGAUGAUCUGGAACAUAAUAUCGGCAACUCGACUCAACGAAUUGCUGAUGGCUGUUUGGUUGAUAAUUCGGAAGUUUCAUCACAAAGAAGUCUUGAUCUGCUAUCAGAUAAUAAUUCAAGUGACUUUGAAUCACUUCAAGAUAUGCUUGAUAUAGAAGCUGAGAAUGAAGAAGAUUUUUUGGAUGAAUUUUCUGACAAUUCUAUACAAGAGACUUCCAGUUACAAAACGGAAUAUCCUAAUAAUACAUUGAAUACAGAAAUAAACAACGUUUCCCAUCAGCAACUGUUCUUACAUGAGGAUAAAAUUUUGGAGGAUAAUUUGCCUCAGGCUCAGGGUGGUGAUUUCUUUAGUUCCUCAGCUACAACGCAUUCUUUGGUUCCCUUAUCAUAUCCAUUAGUUGUAAUAAACUCGGAUACAAGUGUUCCUUACAUUACACCAUCGAAAUCAUCGAUGCCACUGACUCCAAAAGCAAGAAGUGUGUCAUCUUCGGGAGAAAGAUCCGAAUCACCGACAAUUGAAUUAUCUCAUGAUGAAUUCAUGUCACCACCAUCACCUUUAUCAUCGAAAGACCCACAAGACGGAGAGUAUUAUGAUACCCGUAAAAAAGAUAAGAUCAAUCGCAGCCGCCGCUCGAGAAAUUCAGAAACAAAGUCCCAUGCUUUACGCUCUCAAUCAGUUAAAUUUCAAGGUUCGAGUAAUAAGCAAUCUCGUCAAGGAAGACAUCAAUUUGAUCACACGCGUAUUAAAAAAAAUGGUAUGCCCCUUGUAUGUCGUAAUUGUAAUACGACUUUUACAGAUUCAAAGAGAUUACGAGAACAUUUCAGAACCCAUGUAGGUGAAAGGCCGUUCGUUUGUAAGAUAAAAGGAUGUGAUAAAACAUAUACGAGAGCAAGUCAAUUAAAAGCACAUGAGAAGACACAUUCGACAUAG